CGCAGUAGAUGCACUCGGCGUUAUGGCGGCGUAGUGUGUAAACACAAAUUAGUAAAAAAAACCAAAAACUUUUUAUUCAGGACUCCAAGAGAGGAGUUGUACGAAGACCAAAGAAACCUCUUAAAAUGCAUUCGGAAAAGAAAAUGACAAAUCUCCGCGACACCUGGAGAUCAGACGAUUUAAAGAGGCACAUCCAGGGAGGAGGAUACGAUGAGGACGCGGCGAGGAGGAGGGACAGAGCGAGGAGGGACGAAGAGGCGAAGGCGCAUCGGAGCGGGGCGUCGGUGGAGCGGCGGCACAGAGAGAGGGACGGAAGCGCUCAGGAGAGAAGAUCACACGGGGACAGGGACAGAGACGGGGAAGGAGACGGCAAUCGCGAAAGAAGGACGCACCGGGACCUAGAAAAGGACAGAGACGGAGCUGGCGGAGAGAGAGCGGGCUCUCGUGAUGUGAGGUCGCACAGGGACAGGGACAGGGACAGGGAGAGAGACCGGCGGAAAGACAGCACAAGGGACAGAGUGGCAGAUGGAGACGAGAGAGAGCGAGAAAGGAGGAAAGAACGGGAGAGAGACAGGACUGCAGACGCUAGGCAAAGGGACACUGGUAAAGAAGGCAGGGACAGGGGACAGGAGAGGACGGGGAAUGAGAACAGGGACAGAGAGAGGAGAAGGGCUGAGCGAGACGGCGAGAGAGAUGCUGAGAGACAUCGGAGGAGAGCAGAAGGGAUGGGGGGAGGAGAGAGGGACAGGGACAGGCGCAGAGAAAGAGGGGGGGAGAGGGACAGGGACAGGGAUAGGGAGAGGGAGCACGAGAGGAGGAAGGACAGAGACCCGUACGCAGACAGGGCACGUGGCCACAACGCAAAACACCUGAAAGAAGGCGACGAGGUGGGGGACACGAGGGACAGACGCAGCAAAAGAGAGCACAGAAGACAAAAAGAGAACGAAGAAUACAGGGAGCAGCGCCGGAGAGAAAAGGAGGAGAGAGACAGGAGGAGGACGGCGAGAGAGGAACGCGAGGGCGGCGAUAGAGAGGCGGGGCGUGAGCGGAGGCGCAGGGAGCGGAAGAAGGAGGAAGAGGAGGAGGAGGAGCAGUGCGUGGAGGAGGAGGCUCCGCCCACGACGGCCAAGACAAAAAGAAGGAGCUGGGACCCUAGCGCUCUGGAGAAGGAGAAGAAAGACGCUGAGGUCGGGAAGGUGACCUCGGAGGACCAGGGCCAGGAGGAGGAUGCUGAGGAGGAGGAGGAAUACGAGGACGACUUCGAGGACUACGAGGAGGACUUUGAGGAUGACGAGGAGGCCGGGAGCGGCGGCGACGGCGGCGGUGCCGCGAGGGAGGAGGUGGAGGCCAUCCGGAGAGCCAUGGAGGCCGAGAACGAGAGAAUAGGCUCUGCGCUGCUGUCACCGCAGGGGCUGGAGGAAGGAGACGCUCCAGACCCCGCCGUUUCCCGACACAGACCCGCCCCCAAGGGCAAGUUCAUAGACUUCGUGGCCGCGAAGCAUCGAGAGGUCAGCAAGAAGGUGGCCAUCAAGCAGAAGAAGCGCAGUUCCGACCUCCUGCGGCUCAUCGACCUGGACUUCUCGGUCACGUUCUCUUUGCUGGACAUGCCCCCGCUGAGCGAGUACGACAUGUACAUCAAAAGCUUUGGUACGACCAACACAAAACAGGCCUACGUCCAGUGCAACGAGGACAAUAUGGAGAGAGAAAUCCAGACAGAGGAAGUGGAGACCAGUGAGAAGUGGACGCAGCAUCCUGCUGACCGUGGUGCAGUAUGUGGGGGUGCGAGCCUCGCGCUCGAAAGCCUGGAUGAAUCCGUGACCUCCGUGAACUUCGACUCCCAGCGGCUGGCGGCGUUCCUGCUCUCCGCUUCUCAGGUGGUGAGCGUCCUGCUGGAGGAGGACAGAGCAGAGAGGCUGUCUCUUGGGAAGCCGCGGACACAAGAGGACGGCCUGUCCUUCAGCGACGGGGGUCUGCACCUGAACCCCGGUGUGCCCUUUCUGCGUGGUCGAGAGGUGGCCCUCAUCGUGUUCUCCCAGGUCCAGCGGCAGACCGUGCUGUCUGUGCACCGGCCCCUGGCCGGACCCAGCGCCGUGCGCCUCGACAGCAACACCAUCCUGUGCGUGUGGAACAUCUGGGAGCCAUCACAGCCCCAGAAGAUCUUGGUCUACGAAUCGGAGGUGCUCUGCUGCUGCUUCAGCCCCGGUAGGGCUACGCUGGUGUUUGCCGGCACGGCCGUGGGCUCGCUGGUGCUCUGGGACCUACGGGAGCGUUCCGACCUGCACUGCAACAUCAGGAUCGGGGACCACGACUGGACGCUGCGCUACCCGACCUUCUCCACUGAUUCGGUGCUCGCGUCCUCGAGCCACCUCUCCUCAGUGACAUCACUGGAGCCCAUCCCAACUUCGGCAGUAGAGGCGAGAAGAGCAGGGUUGCCCCUCCUGUCCUCCAAAGAAGAAUCAUCUGGACUGUCAUUCCAGCUAGCAUCCCUUGACGAGAAAGGGGUGUUAAAUCUUUGGGUCGUGGUAGAACUUCCACAAGCUGAUCAAGCAGGAUCCCAGAAUGAUCUGGGACUCAAACCCGGAGGGAAAGUGAAGCUGCUUCUCAGUUCUUCCAUAAUCACAUUGGAGCGACUCUCCCCUGGUGACUCCACAGAUGUGGGCCCUGUUCAUAGCCUGCUGCUGAAGUUCCUCCCGUCAGACUCGAACCACUUCUUCAUCGCUACAAGCACGGGCCUUGUGGCUCACGGGACGCGACACGGACCGAGGAGACCACCGAGGUUCUACAAGCCACGGGCAGCGGGUCCGACUCCCUCUCGUGUCACCAGCCUGGACUUCUCGCCCUUUGGGGAGCCUUUGUUCCUGGUGGGCUGCGAUGACAGCACUGUGCGGCUCCACUCCGUGGCCACUGAGUUCCCCAUAAUGGAGUGGAGCUGCCGCGGCCCAGUGCUUUCAGGCCACUGGUCCCUCACCAGGCCGACUGUGUUCUGCGUACUAGACAGCGCCCCCACCCUCCACCUGUGGGACUUAUCGCAGAAGGACUUGGAGCCGACUGCAGUCGAAUCGCUCCGAAGUGACAGCGUGACCGCCAUGGCUGUUUUUGGAGACCCAUCGAAACAGAAUACAUUUUCGGGAAUAUCGCUGGCCAGGUCUUCAGGGAAGAUCGAAAUUCACUAUUUCAAUACGAAAUGGACAUCAUCUGCUCCUGAUGAGCUGGAGAAACUCGAGAGCCUGCUGUACGGUGCUCACUGAAACGAGACUUUAGAUUUUAUACGCUGGAUCCUCCUGUCACAAACAAGUGUUUUGAAGUUAAAUUUCCCAGUUUAAUGUAUAUUUUCUUCUUCGGUUAUCGGUUUUUUAGAAUUUCUCUUGAAUUUCAGGACCUGUGCUGACGUGCCGAGGUGAUAGGCAGCGAAGAGUACGCAAGCAAGAAUGUGGGACCAGCUAAAUUCAGCUCGCUUCCACAGUGAUUACAGUUCCUGCCUGGAACUCCUGAGUGUGUGUAUGGUCAAUAACAACGUGAUCGAUUUCGUUUUCGUGCGAACAUCACAGAGCGUACUUAUACACACCUAGAUUGUAUAGCCUCAAUCAUAGUAUACUUAUACAAACCUAUGUGGUAUAGCCUUGAUGCGGUCAAGAACCGCGGUAAACAUGAGAUUUAAGACGCUGCUGCUGGGGUAACACAGCAUAGUGUUUUACAGUAAACUUUUUAUAAGUACGCUCUAAAAUAACGAUAAA